CAAAAUGUCAAGUAGAAAUAUUUUGAUUUGUCUAGCCAAAUUUAAAUUACCAAAAAAUAGUGUUUUGAGCGGACAAAAUUCGGUCAGAUACUAUUCAAGAAAAGUAAGCAACACUAAUGGACCAUAUAAAAUAGUAAAAGGCAAAAGACCUGAGCCAGAUUCAAAUUUGGUAUGGCGUGAUCCCAGCUUUGAAUUGCUUGCCUCUAAUGGGUUUCCAUUAUUUCUGAGAGGCAACAUCGGUUUGGCCUGGUACGACACACAAACCACAAUAAAAACUCACCAUGAAAUCAUUAUGGAACAAGUUGAAGAUACAGGUGACAAUCCCGAUUCUGAUAUGAUUUUGAGGGUGCAAACUUGCCCUACAGUUUUGAGGCAAACUGUUUGCGAACUGUUUCCUUACAGGACUCUAGAAAAGAGUGAAUUGUCUGUUAUAACGAUUAAUUUGAAGCCAGAUUUGAAACAAGUUAGAGUCAAUAAGGAAGUGGAAACUGAAAAACUUGCUCAAAUGUUUUUAAUUACUGCCAAAAAUAUUUGCUCAAAACUAAGAAAUAACGGUUACUGGGCUGAUUUCAUAAAUCCAUUUUCUGGUCGUCCUUAUUUAGUCCCUAGUGGCUCAAACGAACUAUACAAAACUGAUGAGAAGUUUAGAUGUUUGGAUUUUCAAAUAUUUGAAAUUGACGAAUGUAAAGUUGUUUCCAAUGAGGAGGGAUUUAUAGCUAAAAGAUUCGUAGGCAGCCUUUUCACUAAUGCACCCUGCAAUAAGCAACAUUUGAACGCCAUUUUUACGGACGCAAGAAAUUAGUCAAAAAAAAAAAAAUACACUUCAUUAUUGUAAAUGUAAUAUAAUUAAUUUGAAAAAAAUAUUUUUAAUUUCAA